AUGGCGUGGCAGUGGCGAGGCUAUGAUGACUGGCAGUGGGGCGAUGACCGCUGGCAGGAUCAUGAUGAGCAGCAACAAGAGCUAGAAGCAGAUGGGCAAGUUCAAGCAGAUGGUCAAGCUGACCAAUGGCAACAAAGGCAAGGCAACUGGAUGGGCUGGUGGGGAGAUCGUGGCUGGUCUUGGCAUGAUAGGCCAUGGACUUACUGGGAUAGGCAGUGGCAUUGGAAUCAGCCGUGGGCUUAUGAUGAUUCGCGCAAUGCUGGCAUGAAUGAGGGUAGAAGGGCUUCUCUGCAAGUCUCCGAGGAGACCAACUGGGAUGGUAGGAGAGGGUCAGACACCUCAGAAAUGCAUGACGCAGUGCCUGGUGAUGUUCCUAGCGUCGAAGGUGAAGAGCCAGCAGCAGGUUCUCAAGCAGCUUCGUCCAACCAAUCCAGGCCACGUGAACCCAAGACUGGCAAGGACAUCAUUCCUUCCUAUGAUGGCAGCACCUCUGUACGAGACUUUAGGCGUCGAGUCCAGCUGUUCGAAGCAUCGACUGGCAUUGACCCUGAGUUUCGUGCAGGACGAUUGGUGGAGCAAAUGACGGGACUGGCAUGGAAGAGCACUGAGACCUUAGAUCUUUCCAGGUUGCAAUCCUCAGGGGGUGUAGAAUAUCUCUUGAGCCAUUUGCAACAGGAACUGGAACCGGUCGAAUACAUCCGUGUCUUUGAGACGUUGCAUCACUUCUUUCGGAAUUUUCGCCGAGAGAAGGGCGAAAGCUUUGUGAACUUCGACAUGAACUUUCGCGCACAGAUGCAGAAGCUGGAUGAGGUUGGUGCUGGGUUGACAGGGAUUGUCAAGUCAUGGUGGUUUUUGGAGACGGCAAGCUUGGGACAGGAGCUCCGGAAGCAAGUGGUAACAGCAUCCGGAGGCAGUUACCAAUAUGAAAGACUGCGUGAGGCCCUCAUGGCCAUUGUUCCAAGUGUGAAACACGAGGAUGAUGACAGGCAUCCGACUGGUCAACCGAAUUCAGCCAAUCCCGUGAGGACCAAGUUCUACGUGCAGAAGAACGUGAAGAUCAAUAAGGUCAACAUCGUUGAUGAUGAUGCUCCGCAAGUCCAAGAACCAGAUGAACAUGGUGAUGGUGGAGUCCCAGAAGACGAAGAGCCUGAUCCGGAGGAGUUGGAGCGCCAGGCACGGGUGCUCAUUACCCAGGCAUCAAAACGCAGAGCUCAGGCUGAACAAGCCCGUGGAUUCACCAAGAAUGAGACAGCUGAACAACGUCAAGCUCGCAUUGCGAGCCUCAAGGCACGCAUGCCUUGCAGUGCUUGCAAGGCCAAUGGUCGAACAACAUACGGCCACUGGCAUUCCGAUCCUGAAUGUCCUUUCUUUGGCAAAGGGGACGGCAAGGCAAGCAAGGGUGUCUUUGUGGUUGCCCAGGAGAACGAGGUGUUGUCCACGGACUCUGAGGAAGUGUUCAUGGUCAAUGUCAACACAGUCUACGGAACUGAAUUGGCAUCGAUUCCUUCGAAUGGGCAGCUUUUGGCACUCAGUGACACUUGCUGUGCUAGGACUGUAGCUGGCUCCAAGUGGAUGGAUCGGACUAUGAAGGAGCUUUGGCGGGCUGGUGCAAACUUUUAUGUUUUGCGAGAAAGGCAAGGUUUUCGCUUUGGUGCCGGCCCUAGAAUCUGGUCAGAGUACUCUGUGGUUCUUCCUACGUUUCUGGGAGAAGGUAAGAGAUCGGUGUUUCUGCGGGUCAGUGUGGUGCCGGUGGAUGUACCUUUACUUUGCUGGUCAGCUGACAAGUUUUGUUGGAUUUGGUUCACACGCUUGGGCACUACCAUCUCUCUGGAGACAACCAGCUCCAACCACAUGGGCUUUUACUUCUGGAGUGAUGAUGCAGUGUCUUUGCCAGAGGAUCCAGACCUUUGGGAUGCGAUGGAUGAGAUUGACAAGGAGGUGAUCAUUUGCGAGCCAAGGCUCAAAGAGAUUUGGACUUUGAUCAAGCCAGCCAAGGUCAGCACUGUGCUGCCCCCAGGUUGGAAGAAAUUCGACCUGCAGAGUCUCAAGAACUUGUACGAGGAGUGUAUGAUCCCGGAUUUGGAGCGUCCAUCAGAUGGCCAUUGGACUCGCUGGCGUCGGGGACAGCUCAUCAUGGAGCUGAGCAUGUGGGAGCAAGACGUGAAGGAGGAGAUGCAGCAAAAAGGGCUGAGCGAAGAUUCUCAGGCAUCGGUGAUGUGUCCCAAGUGCACCAUCCCUUUGAUAGUGUGCACCAACAGGGUGAGCAAGGAGACCUUUCUCGGAUGCAUCCGCUUCCCCGAGUGCCGUCAGACCAUGCCAUGCGUCUCAGCGGGAGUAGAUGUGAGGGAGAAAAUGAAAAGCGAGAAGAUGGCAGAGGGGUACAUGAAACCCACCAAACAAAGGGCGGUGAGAAAGAGGCUCACUCAAGCUCCCCAUCACGUCUCGGACGGUUCUUGGAUGCAUGUGCCGUCGGAUUCCGAGGAUGGAGGCAUGGACACCCAAGGGGAACCAGGGGAUCGCAACAAGAACAUCAACCUGACCGAGCAGGAAGUGCAGAUCAUCAAGGAAGCUCGUGCCAAGGCUCAGCAAAAGACCAAGGACCCCGAUGAGCCGAUGCCCUCAGUUCAAUUAGGCGAUGGCGAGUCUGGCAAUGCUGCAGAAGGUGGACUACCAGUCCGUCGUUCUACUCCUGGCAAGUCUCUGGCAGCUGGUGGCAUUCGUUUCGAGGUGCCGCCUGGCCGGAAAUUGAGCGAUCCAGUGAGGCAGUCUUUAUGCAAAAUUCAUUGCAACUUGGGUCAUCCAUCCAAAGCUGACAUGUUGCGUUUUCUGAAGUUGGGUGGUGUGACCGGGGAGGCUAAAGGUGAAGAGGCUAUGAAAGAGCUCGCCAUCGAAGUGUCGUAUGCGAAGAAUUCCUUGGUCAGAGAACAUGGUUGGUCACCUGUUGAGGGUGAUGAACGUUUCUAUGGAGAACCGGAUAUCCAAAAGUCCAUUGCCUUGUUCAAGGGUGUUUGUAAGGGUGCUACCUUUGAUGAUUUGACCAAACAAAAGGGCCCCGAUUCGGAUGUUUUGGACAUUGACAUUGAUGAAUUUUUUGGGGAGCUUGAUGAAGGUCAGGAACCACCAGACACUGGUCCACCGAUUGUGCCUGGGAAACUUGUUGAAUCAGUUCAGGGAAGUGGUUGGGGAAAGGAUGAUUUUGGUAAUCCUGUUUUGGUUUCAAAGACGGUUUGGGCUUACCGUACUCCAACCCCAAAGUAUGAUCCCAACAUGUUCCCCUUCCGAAGUACCUGGGCAUAUAAGUCGGGCAGCUGGAUUCAGCUAGAGAAGGAUGUGCGGUGGGUUGAUCAAGUUGAUCCACAUGCAUUGCUUCCUUGUGGGCCAGUCAGCACCUUGGUCACGGUGUUUUGCAGUCGCACCCGGCGACAGAUUUGCGAGGACUCAGUCCCUUGGCAACUCAAAAAGAAACCCAAACAGGCAGUUGCGGAUGACUCCCAAUCUAGUCACAAUGUCCAUGUGGUUGAAAGUAAGAACCGUCUCAAGAAGAUGUUGGACAAAGAGAUUCCAUGGGAAAAGAUACCUGAUAAUGAAAGGGUUGCCUAUCAGGAGGCCAUCGCAAAGGAAUGGAGCAGCUGGUUGCAAUAUGAAAGUUGUGAGGUUCUGUCAGUAGAAGAAAGUCAAAGGGUGCAACAGGAAUCGGCGGGUGUGUCCUACUGUGGAAAGGAGAUCAAGGUUAAGGGAUCCGGAGCCCAACGUUUUGCCUUAGUAGCCGAAUCACGUUUUGGCCCCGACCUUGUCACAGCCUUGGAUGAAGAGGAUUGGCAGGAUGUAGUUCCACUUCACAUGAUAACGGAUUGCAAGUCUAUUUAUGAUCACAUCCGAAAGGAUGGUCACCAUGUGAGCGAUAAAGGAUCCAUCAUUCAAGUGCUGUUACUGAGAAAGAUGUGUUCAAUCAAGCCGGGUUCCAGCCGUGCACAACUGUGGUGGGUGCCAACGAGACACCAGCUUGCAGAUUUCAUGACGAAAGCUGGGAAGGGAAAGGCCUUCAGAGACAGUCUCGGUUGGGCCCAAUUCCAUGAGAUGUCUGCGGCAAAGAGUCGGUUGCACAAGACUUUCAAGUCAGAGAAGAAUAGGACCAGUGUGAAUUUUCAGGAUUGCAACUGA